UCAGUAAGAUGAGUAAUUUAGAAGGUGAUGUUGAUAAUGAAUCUCGUAAAAGAAAGAAAGGGGUUUUGAAUACAGAAUGCUAUAAAAGGAAUAUUAUAAAAACAGCAAAAGUUAAAGGUGAUGAACAUGUUAACUGGGCUGGAAGAAAUAUUCAAGCAAAGCAACCUAGCACAACAAAUUGCGGCUGCCGCUACAAUUGCCUACAGAGUUUUACGGAGGACAAUAUGCUGCAAAUCUUCAAUCACCUCUAUAGCUUUAACUCAAAGACGGAACAAGAUAUUUAUAUCCAGUCGCUGAUGGAAUUGGAGCCAAUAGCAAGACCGAGGCCAAGAUCUUAUGGUGAAAAGUCAAAACCAAAGGCUUUUAACGUAAAGUACUCCAUUCAGCUCAAUGGGGUACGUACUGUAGUUUAUAAGAAAUCAUUCAUGCAGACAUACAGUUACUCUAAAAAUCAAUUAGAAAGGCUGUCACAUUUGUUGCAAAAAAACAAAACCCCCGAAGAUAAAAGAGGGAAAGGUCCAUCUGGAAAUGCAAUACCUGAAAGUGAAAACUUAAAAGUCAGAGAACACAUUGAAAGUUUCCCAACAAAAGUGUCUCACUACUCAAACAGUGAAAGGCGUUAUUUGGCCGCCAAUCUAAACCAAAGAAUAAUCUACGACAUGUUUGUCGCUAAAGAGCGUGAUUUUCUGUUAGCUAUUCUUGGAAACGAGAAGCGUUUCUCUUACAAAUAUUUUUGUGAAUAUUUUAGAGUUAACUAUGAUUUAGGAUUUGGAAGACCAGUUGUUGACGCUUGUGUUACAUGCGAGGAGCUACAAACAAAAAUAAAAAAUCCUACACUGAAUGACAAUGCAAAAAAAGUUGCCGUUGCUGAGCUAAUGGUUCAUAAGAGAAAAGCAAAAAAGUUUUAUGAGAAGCACACUAAUGAAAAGAAUCUAACUUGGGAAGAAACCAAGGUUGAACUUGCUAAUAAAAUAAAAACUUAA